AUUUACUAAAGGAAACCUCAGACCUGCAAUCCUAAAUACAACCAAAGAUAAUACAAAUCAAACCAAGAAUAUAUUGGCCAAAGAAAAGUUAAGAACCUUGAUUCCAAAUACAACCGCAGAUGAUGACACAAGGCAAAGCAAGGAGAUAUUGGCCAAAGGAAAAUUAAGAACCCCAAUCCCUAAUAAAACAACCAAAGAUUACACAAGGCAAACCAGGAAUUCACUGGAUAAAGAACUAAUCAGUGGAUUCCAAAAGAACUCAAACCAAGCAGUGAAAAAUUCAAGAUGCCUUAUUAAGUGGAAUACAACAAAUCAGAAAAUGAAUCAAAAUACUGAAAAAAAUAUUCGUAAAACAAUGAAACGGAGCAAAAGAUCCAUCAAUGCAGAAAAAGUGUCGCAACAUAUUCUUGGAAAUACUGUUGAUAAAGACAAGCAAAAACCAAGCAAAUUGAGUUUAGAAGGUAAUGGAACUGAGGAUAGCUUCAUGGCUAUACUGCAAAAUACACCUGGUGAUGUUCAUCCUUAUCCAAGGAAGUACAGUAUGAAAAGGCAAACUCAAGAAACCCAUCCCAAUGUACCUAUAAUUUGUUCCAAAUUGGCAAAGUACACUGAGACUGAAAAAAUUGAACAAAAAGGUCCCAAUGUUUUUCAAAGAUGUGUUUCUUCCAUAAAUAAAAGAAACAAAAGAAAAUGCUCAGAUUUUGUCCUUUCUAUUCAAGGACCUAGACUUUUCUCAAAAAUGAGCAAAACAUCAAAUCAGAAAUCUCAGGAAGAAAAGAUAAAAUCUCAUAAAUCGAACAUUAAGAAGGAAGUAGAGAAAUCGAGGAAAAAGUCAAAGAAAACAGUAAGCAUAGACUCCUCAUCAAGUAGUGAUAAUGAACUGAUAACAUUCCAAACAUUACCUCCUUCAAAACUUGGCAUGCUGAGACGAAAACAUAAAGUAUAUGAUAUCAGCUCUGAAACCUCUAAUAGUGGAAUAGAGGAAAGAACAAACAUCGAGCUUGAUGUCCGAGUCAUAAGCAAAAAGAAGAAGAAACCAUUCCAUGUACAAAUAACUGAUUCAUCUAGCGUAUCAGUGGAGUGUGGACCAAAGAAUUCAACUGUGAAUCCCACAAAUGGUGCUUUGAAUAUUGAGGAUGUUGAUAGAGCAGAAAUGUCAUCUAUAAAUGUUGAAAAAGAAAUCUCAAAAGGUGAAAUAACCAAUAAACAUAUGGUUGGUACACCAAGUGUUACCUCAUUAUCUAGUACAAAAGAAACAACUACACAAAAGCCUUGUCCAAAGAAUUCAAC